CAGAUCAAAGGGCACGAUGUCCAGGCAGGCACCGAGGGGGGAGCGUGAGUUCCGAGGAAGAACCUGAGGGAAAUUUCGUUUCACUGGAGAGCGUAGGUGCAGUGCUUUGGUCCAUCCCCGACACUGCCUCUAAAAGUGAAGGCUACGUGGACGGGAUGGAGGGGCAGCCAAGAAACGAGGCGGUCAGCAAGACCCUGGGAGAACAGUAAAGUGUGGGCCGGGGAAAUGGUUUAUUGUUAAAGCACCGGAGCUGGUAAAAGCCAGGCAUGGCGGGCCGCCUGUAAUCGGUCCCGGCACUCUGGAGGGAGACGGUUGACUCCUCAGGCAAACCGGCCAGAGCGGCUGAGUUGGGUGCCUCAGUAUACACAGCAAAGGGCAGUUAAGGAAGACCCUCUGGCCCCCAUACACAGGCGCAUUUGUGCAUGGACACCCACACGUUUGAGUAAACAUACGCAUGAAUGCAUACCGCAUACAUACGCCACACACACCCCCCAAAAAGGUGAAUUGAUGAGAAACUAAGGGAUAAUGGAAGCUUGAGGGGGAAAUAAGGAUUUGGUGGGAAAUUAGAAGAUUUUGAAAAAACCAAGACUGACUGCAUUAAGGCAAGAAUUUAUGCUUGGUUAAAUGAGAGAAUUUGGAGAAAUGUUUGGAAUCCCAAAGUUCCUGCGCCUGGGUGCCCGAGAAUGGAAUGGCAGAGCCAGGGGCAUCCAUGGUGCCAGUGAAUCGGCGACCCCAGACAGAGGUCAGAAAAAGAAGACGCUGCUGCAGUUCCUCUCAGACCACUUCCGUGACGUCCAGGCUCUGAGAGAGUACCUGCUCCAGAAGCAGCUGUCUAAGUCCAACUGGAAGAAUCGGUCCUUCGCUAACAUCCGGGAGAAAUAUGGCCCAGAUGUCACAGGUGCCCUCUUCAUCCUGAAGCACGGAGGCGCAGUGAAGUUUCAGGACAAGGAGUGGAUCCGUGCAAACGAGCGUGGCAGUUUUCCUACGGAGUUCCUGAACUUCCGGGAGGUGCCUGUGGAGGCUGUGGACGCCAGCGGCUGCACCAUCAACUACCAGGGCAUGAGUAACCUCCUGCCCCUGAAGAAGCUGCGGUCCCUGUCGCUGGAGCGCUGCCCCCAUGUGGAUGACUGGUGCCUCGGCCGCCUCCACCUCCUAGCUCACUCUCUGCAGGAGCUCUCGCUGGCCGGGUGCCCCCAAGUCUCAGAACGGGGCCUCGCCUGCCUCCACCACCUCCAGAACCUCCGCAGGCUGGACAUCUCAGACCUCCCUGCCGUGUCCCACCCAGGCCUCACUCAGAUCCUGGUAGAAGAGAUGUUGCCCCAUUGUGAGGUCCUUGGCACUGAGUGGGCCCAGGACCUGAAGCUGGAGCCAGACCGGCAGCCUCAGGACGCAUCUAGCCCCAUCUCUCCCUAGCUGUGGCCCCACUCUUGCAGGGUCUUGUGGGGCUCUGGAGUGUGACGUGUCCUAGCUCUGGCUCCCAGUGGGGUUCACCAACACAGAGGAGCACUGGCAAAUAAGGCCGGGUCGGGAUUGACUGGUGUGCGCCUGCAGCUGUGGUGGACGGUCCUCCAUGGCAGCCUCACGGCUUCUUGUUCUCCCGUCAAGGACAUCCAUCCCCUUAACUGUCCACAUCCUCAUCGGCGGGGACUGGGGAUGGCUGUUUACAGUGCUGGGUCCUCCUUGUGCAGGGCUGGGCAGCACCACGGGUGGCCAGCAUCCAUGACCCACGCUCAUUAAAGACCAGCAGCACUCGGAGCCCCAGGGCAUCGCCCAUUGGUAGUGCGGCUUCUACCGUCCCAUGCUGUUUUCCUGCUCUGAAAACGUUGAGUGGUUGGGAAAACGUUCUCUUCAGCUGGCACAACAGACUUCGUCAGUAGAGGGCGCUGGAGAGAACCCAACGGGAAGGCCAGGACUGCCUGCAGCUAAGUGAACAGCGCUUCCCCAGCUCCCAGAUUGCUGGUGGGCGGCACAGUGGUCUGAAUGACUCCUGGUACCCAUGUUACCCGUGACUUAUGUGCCGUGCAAGAGUAUGAGUCUUUAUAUUAAACUUUCCCUGUUCGCA